UGGCAUCUGGGGUUCAGUAACUGAUUGGUUCUUAGUUAUUUUAGAAAUUGUGCUAAGUAAUAAUUUAGGAUUAUUCUUAUUGUUUUCUCUGAGGAUUAGAGACGGGCUGAGCGUGCUGUAGCAAGUGCCCUUCUCUAGUUUAUAAGGCUAUAAUCCCUCCAGGCGCACUGGAACACUUCUAGUUCAGAAGGCACCAUUUUCGCUUUAGUUGUCUGACAGACUGUUUCAAAGCUCGAGUGUGGGCAUUAUACCAUUCGGCACCUUAUUCUGCCUUAUUAUUUUACUUUUCAAUGAUUGGUGCAGACAAGCAUCAUCCUCGAAUAUCUACGGUUAGCUAGCAGGGUCCCUCUAAUGUCCAGCACCCUGGCUCCUGAUAUACAGUUAACAGCUACUGGCGGCCCUAAGGCAGAAGCUGCUUUCCUGUGCCAUAAAAUAGGACCACCUAUGACGAGGGCUCUUUAAACAAGCGUCUCAGAGGGUCUCACUGCGUGAGGCAAACCUGUUGAACACGUGAAUGGGAGAUGAGUGGUGAUGCCGUGGCGUAGCUUUAGAUUUGUGGCUAUGCUGCCGAGACGCCACCUAAUUGCCGUGCUGUCAGGGCUCUGCUGCCAGAGUUGAGGGCAUGCCAGCUCUACUUGAGGCACCUGGAGCUUCUAACAGCGAGUCUGAGCCCUGCGGACCAGCCCUGCUCUUUUCUAACAUCCGGACGCACCUCUAACUGCAUAAUCUUCUCCGUUAAACAUGAAACUAACUUACGCUUCUCACAAACAAAGCUAGAAACACUGCUGUUACUAGUGAUGGAGAAGCAUAGCUGAACACGGUGCACUCAGAGCAAAGCAACAGCUCGUCUGCCACACUGACACUCGCGCCAUUUUGUGGGCUAAAUUGAGUCCUGUCCAGGGGUCUCGUGAAUCUGAUGAGAGAAGAAGUGACUUUCGAAGGUCGUUGGUAAUUAAUUGCAGGCAAUAUGCGCAAAAGACUUCUUUCCCAUUUAUUGCUUCAUCACUCUUCUGUUGACUGGCCAUCAAUCAAACUUUUGCAAGUGUGAACUUGGCAGAUGUGCCUACUUGUUAAGUAGGUUUGCUCUACGGCUGUACGAGUGAAUUCUGCCCUGCGUUCAGGUCUGAUUACAUUUACACAGAACACACUAGCACACAAACUGCAACGUCAAUGGCAUUAUUUCCUCUUUAGUGAGCCACACUGAUGUUUUAAGCUAAAUUAAAUGAAAAAUCAAUAAUAAUAAUAAUAAUAAUAAUAAUAAUAAAUGAUAAUCCAAAUUAUAAAGUUACAUUGAAAAUUUCCACAUUCAAAUUAAAACUUUUCACAUCCUGCAGUCUUCUACAUUCUCGAAGACUAGAAGUGCACUGUAUCAGAUGCCCUAUUUCCAAAUUAAUGAGAAAGGUACACAUCCUACGCUUCACAUAUUUCUCAAAUCAGGUGGGCCAUUUAAAGUAUAAAUGUUACACAUCCCUCCAGCUAGAAUCCUCUGAGACGUCACCUGAUCUCCCCUCGUUCUCCAAUCAGCACUCCUGAAGUACUGCUUCUCUUGUAGAACUACUGCAGUCAUCAAGUCCUCGUUCAGGGCAAACUUCUCCAGUGUGCGUUUGUGUGAUUGCCUUUUUCGUUUUUGGACUGGUUUUCUGGAUUUCUGGUUUUCCCCUUUUGUCUUUGCCCUCUGGUUACGGUUGCCAUUCUGUACCUUUUUGCUGAUUGGAUCUGGACCACGCCUGUUUACCGACCACGCUUCUUGUCAAACCCUUGGAUAGCCUCAUCUUUUGGUCUUUACCUGGCCCUUUCUUUCGGUGUCAUUACAUAUAAAAACGCAACAGCACUGAACAUCUGUAAGAAGCGCAGUCCUCACAGCUCUACAGGUAAGAUCCUCUCUGUUUAAUUUAUUCACUUUCAAAACUUAUAUUUAGUGAACAAUGCGUUUCUAAGCACUGCUGUAAAAUAUUUUUAUUGAUCUUUAGGAAAAACAGAACCCCCCUGACUUUAAACACAAUGGCUAACAGCAAAGAGGGUGUGCCAGCCACCUCUGUAUCGAGCUCAGGGUUCGUUGAGGAGCUCCUCCCAUCGUCUCAGCAGGUCUCCCUGCUGUACCACAUCUCCUACCUGUGUCUGGCGAAAUUCCCCAAAUUGGAGAGGCUGCUCCGGAUGCGAGCCCUGGAGACCCAACUUCUCUUCGGAUCCUCUGAAGCUGUUCUGCUGAAGUGUGUGGGCACCAGUAACAAUUUAGUUUCGUCACUGUUUCCAAUGCUGAUUCGCGCUGUUGAGAAAAAUAAACCAGUACUGGCUAUAAAGUACCUGGAGAAAGCAAGAACGUGGAUCACUGAAAUUAUCCGUGAUGUGGAAAAGAUGGUGGACAGGUACGACACACACAACAAAGAUGUGGCUACGACUACCAGUGACGUCAUCACCGAAAAAAGUGAGACGGAGAAACAGCUGAGUCAGCUUUCCAAGGAGAUUGAAGUGAUGACAGAGGAGAUUAGAAAGCUUGAAGAGGAGCUGAAAAAAACCACUGCACAGCUCACAGAAACAGAGCAGAAGAUUGAUGCCAAAAACCGUGAGCUACAGGGUGUUGUAAAAGAUGCAGCUGCUAAAAGCAGUGGCCUCAGCAUCUUAGCCGCCAUUGUGCCUAUAAUUGGUCCGAUUGUUAAGUCCAUUUACGAUAGAGCAACCUCUCCUGAAGUGGCUGCAAAAACCAAGGCUCUUGAAGCAGAACUGAAUCAACUCACUGCUGAAAAGAUUUCACUGAAACAAAAAGAGUGGAACCUGCAGGUCCAGACAAUCGACUUGCGGAUGAAGCUGGCCAAAGUACAGAUCGAGCAAGGUACCAUCCCUGAACCAACCCACCUUGGAGAAGUCCAGUAUUUUCUGAGUAAAAUCCAGAAGAUUCUUGUUCACCUUAAGGGCUUUUGGGAAAACGUCUACAUGUUGCUGGGCAACAUCAAAGACAAGACCUUUGUUGAUGAAGAUCUCAUUGAAGAACCCGAGUUUAAGGAGGAAUUUGUGAAGUCUAUCCAGGCAGCCUCAAAGGUUUGGGAAGGGUUUGGUCUCUCCUGUGGGAAAGCUGUUCAGAUAUUCAGAGUGCAGUCCAAGGACGCCUACAAUUUCCUGGAGAUCGACCCGUCCUCCCUUUCCGAAGACGUGUGGCAGAAGGAAUACGACAACGUGAAACAGAAGCUGCAGGAGCUGAAGGUCACUGGUGACCCACCAUCAACACCAGCCAUCCAAAACUGAUGUCAUUUCUUUGGUGCAUUUAUUUCCGAGGCUAUCAGAUGAGCUCGUCAGCUGGGAUUAGUAGUCGGCUCACUGUAAAACUUGCUAUAUAAAAGCACAAAGGAAUCUAAUCACUGCUUUGACUCACUUCUAUAUGCACCUUCUGAGCAUGCUCAGCUUUUAUUGUUUGGGCGGCUUGAUUCUGCAUUUCUUUAACCCCAUUAACCUCAACUGUGUUAAAUCUUGAGUGUUUAUCUGUUCUAAUGAGGACCCACUGAGAGAGACUGUGUCCCGUCGACACUCUCCAGUGUUUAUUAUCGAUAUAUUGAUUCUCUGUGGUUAAAUAUGUAUCCAUCGAUUAGCUAUAUUAUCUAAUGGCAUAACCAUCUAUAAUCUGGUGUGACUUUUAAACUUAGAUGUGCUGGGACCAAGUAUGCAGCCCAGUGUUAAACGGGACAAAACCACCACCUGGUAUUUAACAUGCCAAGAAUGGUUUUUAACCCCUUCCCAAAGAACAGCCUGGGAGCUUUGUGUUAAAUCACGAUCAAUGGUUGUGCUAAAAGAACGGCGCAUGCUCUCUUUGACCAAUGUCCAGAUAUGUCCAGAUCAGUUCAUGCAAAUGGAAACAAGCGAACCACGCCCGAGUCUCUCUGACUUAUGUCUUGUUUCUUUGUUUUACUCUUUACUUUCCUUUCCGUUCUACUGCAGUUCCUUUUCAACAUUUAAUCAAUGAUUUUUGCAUGAUUGGUCCUUUUUCUCUACAGCAUCAAAAAAACCUGUUUUUCUCUGAAGAAUUCUCUGAAUAAAUCUGGCAAAGACA